CGUAUGAGGAGAAAUCAGGGGUGAGUGAAAGAAAGUGUUGCAAACUUUCUCUCCUUUUCUCUGCCCGAAAAGAAAGUCACAUUGGACACCUAAUUACGCAGCCUUGUUGUCACAUGUACAGUCCAAUCCGUCCAGCUGUUCCCUUCUUUUCUUCAAAUCAGUGCAAAAAUAGGUCAUUUUCCAUAAUCUACAUCCUACUUCAAAAUCAAUAGUGGCCAAAAAAUGAUUAGUGGAGGAAAUAUUGGAGGAGACACGGAGGAAGAUGAUAAUUUACUCACUACUUCGUCAUUCCGGAACGAGACCCCGACCUGCUGCAUCCCUCAGCCUCAAGGAAUAAGAAUCAUUGGGGUCAUUUCUUGCGUGUCUGGUUUGUUCAUCACUUGCCUCACUUUCCUGUGCAUGCAUUUGCAUGGAAAAGAUGAGGAGGGUCUUGGUAAGGUCGACCCCACUCGUUACCUACUCUUUACCGGUCUCAGCUCUGCUCUGGUCUCAAUUUGGCUUUUAUGCAAAGAGGGCAGUCAUACGGCGACAAAAAUCUGGACUCUAGUUCACAUGCUUUGUGCGAUGGUUUCAAUCAUUAUGUUCAGCAAACUGUUGGCUGAAACCAAUUUUGAUCGAUUGAUGCAAGUUCUUUUAUCCUUGGCUGGACUCAAUUUAUGCAUUGUCAUAUUCAGUAUUUUGGUCAUGAUUGAAUUUAUUUUGCAUCCAAGUACGCCAAAAGAUUUUUGAGUUAUACAUAUUUACACUUGCUACGGAUUAUGGCAUAUAUGUAAGUAUGUAACACAUAUCUAUGUAUGUAGCUACAAUGAUAAAAUUUUUAUUUCGACAUAAUCCCCCAAGGUUUAGACUUUAAAACUUCGAUCACAAAGGUCAAAAGUAUAGCCGACAGUAUGACAGGUUGGCCAAACUGUUUAUAUGCAAAUGUAUAUUUCAGUUUUCGAUUUUUCGCAGCGCUUUUAGACCUUAAACCUGUCCUUGGCGAAAAAAUAUCAUGGCCAAGCAAAUCAAAAAAAUCGUACACGGCCAAACGGGAACUCAAUUUUCUUCUAGGGACAAGUCGCAUCGGCAUCCGAUAAAAAAUACUGCAAAGUAAAAAAAAUAUAUUCACGAAGUUUUUUGGCCGCCUCAAAUUUUUUCAGACAUAAUUGUCCCCUUUUACCUGUCUAAGACAUUAACAAUCGUCAACGAGGAUUUUGUCGGCAGAUAAGUACUUUUGACCUUUGUGAUCAAAGUUUUAAGUUUACACUUGUGGGAUCAUGCCGAAAUUUACAGUAACUCAUACUAAUUACUAAUACUUAUUUAAGUUGACUGAAAAAAUAAAUGCACUCAUGAAAUAUAAGUAA